AUGCCACCGUUGCGUGUGAGUGUUAUGGGACAUUCGUUUAUUCGGAGAUUGAGAGACUAUGCUCAAAAAGAUUCCGGAAAUGUAAAUUUGAGACUCCAUGAGAACAAAUUCCAGGUAAAUUUCCGUACGUCGGGCGGACUGACUGUGAGUCGAAUGGUGCGAGAUAUUCGUUUUUCUGCAUUUGAGAGGACUCCUGACAUUGUUUUUAUUCAAAUUGGAGGAAAUGAUAUAGACAGCGGAAUACCAGUGAGGACGGUAUUUAGAGAUAUUAUUAGCUUUUCAAAUUUCCUGGUGAAAGGGUGUGAGGUUAAAACCGUUGUAAUUGGGCAAGUGUUUAGAAGGAGGAGGACUGGAUCUUAUAACGAGAAAGUGGUGGAGCUCAAUAAGCUGCUGAAAGAUUGGACGGUUAGGAACGAGGAAUCCAAUGUUUGUUUCCAUCAUCAUCAUGGUUUUUGGAAUUCCAUGGAUUUUUUGGCACCUGAUGGAGUCCACAUUCGAUGUACUGACACAGACACGCAACAAAUGCACAAAUACCUUCAAAACGUCAAGAGAACAAUAUUGAGAGCGGCCAAGAGAUUUGUUGGGUAA